ACUGGAAAACAAGAAAAUGAUAUACUCCAAGGAUCAAAUCCAGUUGUCUACUACAAUAGGACAAGGAGAGUUGGGCUCGUGUACAAGGGAUACAUCAAAACUACAGUUGGAAAUGAAAUAGUUGCAAUAAAAACAGGAAAAGCACUUUUUUCUUCUGGUGACUUGAAAACCCUUGCUAAGGAGGUGUCUACCAUGUUGUCUUUCAGGCACAUAAACAUUAUGUCUCUUAUUGGAGUGUGUAUUGAUGGAGAGAUGCUCCUGCUAAUCAUGCCAUUUAUGUCCAAUGGAAGUGUGUUGGAGUAUGUUAGGAAACACAAAGACAGACUCUUUAUCACUGGCGAGCUCCUAAGAGUGGAGGUUAGACGUAUUAACCACGUUGAUAAACAUGUCACUUUUGUCUACAUUGCAGUUACAAACAGCAUCUGCAGCACUUCUUCGGAUAUGUCUCCACAUUGCACAAGGAAUGGAGUAUCUUUCUAGAAACAAGUUUGUUCAUCGUGACUUGGCAGCAAGAAACUGCAUGAUUGACGGGGAAGGAGUAAUCAAAGUGGCUGAUUUUGGACUCACAGAGGACAUGUAUUGCACUAACUACUUCCGUCGAAGGAAGAGUGAGACUGGACACGAGGAGAAGGUCCCUAUACGGUGGAUGGCCCCCGAGAGUAUUGAAUACUCU